GGGGGGGGGGGGGGGUGCUGUAGUUAAGAGGGAGGGGGAGGAGGUAGGGGAACUUGUGAAACUUUACUUUUUUUCAGUUCCUGUGCCUGCUUGUAAGCAGCCCAUUGGUCAGCAAGGGCUUACGGUUCUUCUGAGGUGGGUUUCCUCAUGGACCUGUUUGCAUUCAGCCGGGUGGUUGCCAUGGGCCCUUCUACCUUACUCGGGCUUCCAUUGCCCAAGCCUGUUGCCUAAAAGUGGCCCUACAGAAAGCAUUGCCUGAUUACACUGGCAUUGUGGUAACCUUGUUUGCACCUUAACCUAAUCAUAGCUCAGGUUGGUGGGUUGGUUGGUUGGGUGUUCCUAGGAGUGGAAUUCUCUGGCACUGAUUGAAGGUUCCCCUAGCAACAUGGGUACCCACUCGUUUUGCGAAGGUUUUUGAACCUGCUGGUUCUUGGAAAACAGUAUAACAUGAAGUAAAGACCUUGGAUCUAGACUUGGACUGCCUUAAGUUUGCAUCCUUGCUUCAUUUAUUUUCUCACUCUCCAACCUUAAAAUUAAUUUCUGCCAUCAUGUUUCUGAGAGUUGCUGUGAAGAAUAAAUAAAGGAUGUGAAGUUCUUAGAUCAGCACCUGCCACAUAGUGUGCAAACAUAUAGGCUAUUUUUAUCUCUAGUAAUCUUUUAAGAAAAAGACAGUCACUGGGCGCCUGGGUGGCUCAGUUGGUUAAGAAAAAAGACAGUCACCUCCUUUCUAGGCAUUUCGAUUCUUGUGAGUUAAGUGCAUAAGCUAGUUAAGUGUUAGAGCCUCAAAGAAAGUAAGCAGGGUGUUGUAAUGAAAGAGGGGUGGUUGGGGAUGGACAUAAUAUCCUAGGGAAGGUCUCUAAAGAUGGGAUGCAAGAGGCCUGAAAGCUAUCAAAUAGAUGAUGAAAGAGGUCCAGCCCAGAGAACUGUGCAAAGCUGUGUGGUUUUGUCAGACCUGGACGGGAGUUCAGAUUUGAGUCCAAGUGCAAUGGAGGGUCACCAAGUACAGGGAAGGGUUUAAGCAAGGGCCUGAUGUGAUCUGACUUGUGAUCCAAUGCUUUCUCUGGCUGGUUUCUCUGGACAACUGGCAAGAAAGGGAACCGGUUAAGGGACUAGUAGCUGAGGCCACCGGUAGUAAUGGGGAUGUAAAAAAUGAGCGGACUUAAAGGUCAUCAAAUCCAUCCAGAUCUUGAUAGGGAAGUAGAUGAUCCAUACGGAGAUAAAUACAAGGUAUUGUGAAAGCAGAACUUAUUAGGAGUGGGUCUAAAGAACCAGAGCUCACUUUUGUGGGUGCCAUAGGUCAAGUCCUCGGGGCCCUUGGCACGGUGUGUGUGGGUUAUCACCCCCACUCUGUCAUAAACCAAGCUCCAUUAGGACAGGGAUCCCAUCUCUUUGCUUAUCGAUGUGUUUUUGGCACCUAGUAUGGAUUCUGCACUUUAAAGUUGGAUGAACCAUAGAUUUGGAGGGGAAAUAAAAAAGGAGCUCAGAUAUCAGUUAAACGUUGCUUUCUUCUCAAGAGGGGAAAUGCCUCCAACAGACACAUAAACAGAGACUAGGCCAAGUAGUCCAUCUUUACCCUUUUUCUACACUCCGCUUUGUCUGUGUCCCCUAGUAGAAUGACUGCCUUUCCAGUGCAGGGAUGCAUCUCAUCCCCCAUGGGCCUGGCCCAAUUAGGGGCCUAGAGUAGGUGCUUCUCAAAGAUCGAUUUCCGUCAGGAGGCUCUAUCGUGCUAAAAAGGGAACCACUAGGGGGCGAGCUGGUACCAGCGGAGCCCCGGCCUGGGGCACUCGCCCUCCCUCUCUCACCGCGCAGGGUGGGGGGGGGGCCUGUGCGUCCCGACGGGCUCCUGCGCCUGCUCAAGCGCCAUUUGGCAGAGGGGUGGGGCUUGGCUUCCGAGUGUGGGCGGAAGUUGCCGAGAGUCCUCGGGAGCUUUGAGUACGCUCCGCGGGCCUCGCUAGGAGGCGGAAGUAACCGAUUAGCACCGGAAGUUGUCCAGCGCGGCCUGUGAGUGUUCGCAAGUAGCGCUGGGCGCCGGUUGCCAUGGAGCCGGCCGGGCCCUGUGGUUUUUGCCCGGCCGGGGAGGCCCAGCCCGCGCGCUACACCUGCCCUCGCUGUAAUGUGCCCUACUGCUCGCUGCGCUGCUACCGGGCGCAUGGCACCUGCGCCGAAGCCUUCUACCGGGACCAGGUGCUGGGAGAGCUCCGCGGCCGCAGCGCCUCGCCCAGCCGCCUGGCCAGCGCCCUACGGCGGCUGCGUCAGCAACGCGAGACCGAGGACGACCCGGAGGACGCCGGCCUCAGCCCUGGUCCGGCGCCAGGCGGCCUCACCAGGCUCUGGGAGCUGCUGGCCCCGGCCGAGAAGGCGGCCUUCGAGCGGCUGCUGAGCCGUGGCGAGGCCGGGCGGCUGCUGCCCCCGUGGCGGCCGUGGUGGUGGGGCCGCGGGGCCGGGUCGCGGCUUCUGGAAGAGGUGGAUGAUGCUGCGGACCGGGACCCUGCGGAGCUGGAGCCCACCCCCGCGAGGACGUCAGCGGAACCCCUGAAGGAAGCCGCCGCCGAGCCGUUUCUCGAAGACGCUCCCGAGGCCCGCGCGCCCACCGUGCCCACCCGGAUCCCCACGCUGGCCAGCCUGAGCCGCAGCCCGGCCUCGCCGCUUGUGCGCUUCCAGCUGCCCAACGUGCUGUUCUCCUACGCGCACACUCUUGCCUUGUAUCACGGCGGCGACGAUGCGCUGCUCUCAGACUUCUGUGCCACGCUGCUCGGCGUUUCCGGAGCCCUGGGUGCGCAGCAGGUCUUCGCCUCUGCCGAGGAAGCCUUGCAGGCCGCCGCCCAGGUGCUCGAAGCAGGCGAGCAUCCGCCUGGGCCCCUGGGCACACGGGGUGCCAUGCGCGAAGCUGCCCGCAUCCUGAUGGGCGAAGGCCCGGCCGACCAGAAAGGCUACACGCUGGCAGCACUGGGGCACCUGGCGCAAACCCUGGGCCGGGCCCGGAAGCAAGCUGUGGCCACGGAAGAGCGAGAUCGCCUCUACCGGGCGCGGAAGAAGUGCCAGUUCCUACUGGCUUGGACCAAUGAAAAUGAGCUGGCCCUCAUACCCCUGGCUCUGGACUGUGCCAGGGCCCAUCGAGCCCACGCUGUGGUGGCCGAGGAGGUGGCAGCCCUCACCGGGGAGUUGGAGCGGCUUUGGGGAGGCUCCCUGCCACCUGCUCCAAGAAUUCUCAUCGAGGAACUCCCUGGCUGAACUGGGAUCCCUCUGUCAUUAAUAAAGCUGUGACUGGUC